AUGGCCAUGGAGAUGGGCUGGAAGGCCGGCAGCGCGUUCCGGUUUGAUGUGGUCGAUGAGGAGGAGGAUGCGGCGGCGGCGGCGAUACCGCCGCCGCAGACGCCGCUCGAGCCCAUGGAGUACCUGUCGAGGUCCUGGAGCGUGUCCGCGUCGGAGAUAUCCAAGAUCCUCGUCGGAGGCAAGAAGAGCUGCCUCAACAGGCUGCCGCUGCAGGAGAUGGGCAUACCGGAGGCCUCCGCCGUGCUCGCCGCCACGGCCAUCGUCCCGAGCUAUCGACACCACACGGAAGCAAGGCGGAGUUCCAUCAGCGGCAUCGGCCACCACCAGUCCAUCGGCAAAUGGUUCCAGCACAAGGACGCGAGCCGGUCCAGGCAGAGCAGCAAGGAGAAGCUGCGCGCCGACAGGGCCCACGUGCACGCCAUGGUGUCCGUGGUCCGCGUCGCGGCCGCGGUGGCCGCCGUUGCGGCGGCGUCCACCAGCUCCGACACCCAGGCCCCCAAGAUGGCCGCCGCCAUGGCGCCGGCCACGGAGCUGCUGGCCUCGCACUGCGUGGAGGCGGCAAGGCUUGCCGGGCCGACACACGAGCAGGUGGCCUCCGCCGUCCAGUCCGCGGUUGGCGUAAGGAGCGCCGGCGAUCUGACGACGCUCACAGCCGGAGCGGCAACCGCGCUGCCAGGAACUGCGACGAUGAAGCAGAGGGUGCAGCGGGAGGCGGCGAGGAGCAACGCGAGCGUUCUUCCUUACGAGAAGGGCCAUUCGUGGAGCCCUGAUGUCUGGUGCAAGGAGGGUGAGCUGCUGAAACGCACAAGAAAAGGGGAUUUACACAGGACAAAAGUAUCUGUCUACAUCAACAGGAGGUCUCAGGGCAUGCUGAAGCUGAAAAGCAAGCACAUUGGAGGUGCACUGUCCAAGAACAACAAGAGCGUGGUUUACGGCGUAUACAGUGAGCUUCCGACGUCGGUGAUCGAGCCGGGAAAGGCCUUCAUGGAUGAGAAAUGCUGCUUCGGCCUGAGCACGGCGCAAGGGAUCGUGGAAUUCGAGUGUCAGGACAGCACGAGUAAGCAGAACUGGGUCGAUGAUGUGCAGAACCUGCUUCGACAGGUUGCUCCAGAUGAUCGUGUGGGAAAUAAGCUGGAGUCGCUAGUGAAAAUGGGUUGA